AUGGUCUUUGAAGGUCGCAUCACAACGAAAUCCCCACCACCCGAGCUAGCCCUGAACCUCCUCCGCGCAAACAAACAGAUCCACGAUGAGGCUCGCUCGGUCCUAUACAGCCAGAACACGUUCGACUUCUUCCGUGUGUCAUCUCAUCUCACCCUCUCGUUCCUCAAAAAAAUUGGGCCGGAGAACACAAAAUGGAUCGAGAGCCUUGAGGUCAAUUUCCCCCAGAUGUGCUGGAGAUGUGGGUUGCACCUUGACAGCACUGCAACUUGCAUCCUUGAUAAGCUGCAGAGCUACUGUCCCAACCUGAAGAGACUCACACUGGGCCGCUUCAUAUCCGUGAACGAGAGCGACAUAUUUGCGACGCCCAGAGCCUGCAGUCCUCCUGACAUUCACACGGAGAUAUUAGAGCUGGCUACCGCUCGCCUUAAAGCAUACUCUCCCCGGCUUGAAGUUACCUUCAGGAUUCACGAAGAAUGUGACUGCUUAUGGUGGAAGUUCUGUGCUUACGAGCCGCCCGUAUCGUGGACUGGGUCUAUAUUGUCUAGUGAUGAUGACGAUGGCUUCGUUGAUAACGAUGUUAAAUUCGAUGGUGAGUAUGAAGUUGACGAUGACAGCGACUUUUGGAGAAGGCCCGCGGAUCUAAGAGCUGAGACGAGGAGCCGUCGCGGGAUUCGCAAGAAGUCUUGA